AUGGGAGGCUGCGCGAGCAAGCAAAACGAGUCUGACAUCGCCCAGCGCGAGCCUCUCCCAACUGAGUCUCCAGCUAAGCCUGAGCAGGCUCCAACUGAGGAUGAGGUUCAAGAGAAGACUACUGAUGGAGGUGAAAGUAAGAGCGAAGCGCCUUUGCUAGACCUUUCCGAGCCUAAAAAGGAGGAGGAGGAGGAGAAGAAGGACGAGAAGAGUGAGAACUCAACCGAAACCAAGGCUGCUAAUGAGGCAGAAGUUGAUGUGUCUACUACAGAAGCUGUUGGAGAUGUGAAAGUUGAGGCUGCAGAGAACAAAGCUGAGGCCACUAAUGUUGUUGAGACACCUGAGGACAACAAGGCUAAGGUUGAGGCUGUUGAGGAGAACAAGGAGGCGCCAAAGGACGAGAAAGUUGAGGUGAACAAGACCGAGAAGAAUGUUGUUGCAGCGGCUCCAGCCUCAGAGGACAAGGCUAAUGCAUCUCUUGUCACUCUCUAA